CUUGCCGGAGGCUCGCCCGGGUUAUAAAGGAGGGGGCGGCGCUGGGCGACCCGAGCGGUCCAGCUGAGGGACAGAGAGGGAGACUCUUCCCCGGAGGAGGUCUAGCUAUCACAGCAUUUUUGUUACAAGAUUUGGAAGCUGAAACAUUAUGAAUGUCAAUGACCUCAAGUGUAGGUUGUCCAUGGCAGGACAGGAUCACCUGCUACAGUUCUGGGAUGAAUUGGAAGAAGCCCAACAGGAGGAACUUUUUGAAGAACUACAAGCUAUUAAUUUUGAGGAGCUGAACUGCUUUUUCCAAAAGGCCAUUGAAGGAUUUAAUCAAUCAUCCUCUCAGGAGAAGAUAGAUGCACGGAUGGAGCCUGUACCUCGAGAAGUGCUGGGCAGUGCCACGAGGGACCAAGAACAGAUCCAGCACUGGGAAAGGGAAGGACUUCUCCAGAUUUCCCAAAACAAAGUGGCAGUUCUUCUCCUGGCUGGUGGUCAGGGCACAAGACUUGGCGUAGCAUAUCCCAAAGGAAUGUAUGAUGUGGGUUUGCCAUCACAUAAAACUCUCUUCCAGAUCCAAGCCGAGCGCAUUUUGAAACUACAGCAGCUAGUUGAAAAACAUCAUGGAAGCCAGUGCAUCAUUCCUUGGUACAUUAUGACCAGUGGCAGGACAAUGGAAUCUACAAAGGAGUUCUUCUCAAAGCACAAGUACUUUGGUUUAAAAAAGGAGAAUAUAAUCUUUUUUCAACAAGGAAUGCUACCUGCAAUGCAGUUUGAUGGGAAAAUUAUUCUGGAAGAGAAGAGUAAAGUUUCCAUGGCUCCAGAUGGGAAUGGUGGUCUUUACCGAGCUCUUGCAGCCCAUGGCAUUGUGGAAGAUAUGGAGAAAAGGGGCAUUUGGGGAAUCCAUGUCUACUGUGUAGAUAACAUCUUGGUGAAAGUAGCAGACCCACGUUUCAUUGGAUUCUGCAUUCAGAAAGGAGCAGAUUGUGGAGCAAAGGUUGUGGAGAAGACAAAUCCUACGGAGCCUGUUGGGGUAGUAUGUAGAGUGGAUGGCGUCUACCAGGUGGUAGAAUAUAGUGAGAUCUCAUUGGCUACAGCCCAGAGGCGAAGCCCCGAUGGACGACUGCUGUUCAAUGCAGGGAACAUUGCCAAUCAUUUCUUCACCGUGCCUUUCCUGAGAGAUGUGGUCAACAUUUAUGAACCACAGUUGCAGCACCACGUGGCUCAGAAGAAGAUUCCAUAUGUGGAUAUCCAUGGACAUCUAGUUAAGCCAGACAAACCAAAUGGGAUAAAGAUGGAAAAAUUUGUCUUUGACAUCUUUCAGUUUGCUAAGAAGUUUGUGGUGUAUGAAGUAUUGCGGGAAGAUGAAUUCUCCCCUUUGAAGAAUGCAGACAGUCAGAAUGGGAAGGACAAUCCCACCACUGCACGGCAUGCACUCAUGUCUCUGCAUCACUGCUGGGUCCUCAAUGCUGGGGGCCACUUCAUUGAUGAAAAUGGGUCUCGCCUUCCUGCCAUUCCUCGCCAUACUACAAAUGGAAAGCCAGAGGCCCUCACUGCUGAUGUCAAUCACAACUUGAAGGAUGCCAAUGACCUACCCAUUCAGUGUGAAAUCUCACCUCUCGUCUCCUACGCUGGAGAAGGCCUUGAAAGUUAUGUGGCAGAUCGAGAAUUCCAUGCCCCUCUAAUCAUUGAUGAGAAUGGUGUCCAUGAGCUGGUGAAGAAUGGCAUCUGAGCUACUUGGCGGUGCCCUAUGUCCAUUUGUAAUGGGACAACUGAGAGUGAGUGUAAAGGACAAUCACAGAAAGCUGAAGUUUGAGAAUUCAUCGGGUUAACUGUUUUGCUUGCUGCGUCUACUGCCAAUUCCCUGGUGAACUCAGUGGCCAGACUGAAAACAGCAAUGUCCUUUUGGAUUUUGGUUCAUUGAAGUUCUUAUUUAUAUUUUUUUUUAUUGUACAUUUUCUUCCCAGACAUGGAAAACAUUGGCUCUACAAUGAAAUUUCUUCUACCUUAAACACCCAUCAAAGGUGUUUCUUGAUGUCUUACUCAGAAUUGAGGAACAUUUAUUUUUGAAGCUGUAUAUAGUAAUAAACCAUUGUACAUGAAUUGUU